CUGGACAGAAAUGCUUGCGGGACAAAACAACCUUCAAACAGUGGAGCCGCUGUGUGAUAUAGUUGAGUGUUUUCUACGGUAAAAGCGGUGAAAAUGGCUGAGGUGAUUCUAGCGGACCUGGUUCAUCCUUACUGCUCUCAAAACAGCCGGUGUCUGGAGGAGCGCGUGAGGAAACUACUCAGCGUGAUCAGCGUGGGCACGAGCGAGCCUGUUUACACGAUCGUCCAGCAGCACGCGCACUGCGCUCAGGAGCUCGAUGAAUCGACACUCGUGCAGAAGUGUGCAGAACUGAAGACAAGGCUCAAGUUUUUCUCGAAUAACAGCUUAGUAGCAGUGCUGUACUCGUUUAAACAAGCCGCGGAUGAACUGGGUGUUAGUUCUAUACAUGUGAUGACUUGUAAAUCUCGGCUUGCUGAGCUGCAGAUGUGUCAAAAGCAGCUUUUUACUCAGACCUACAGUUUCACCUACAGUACAGUGUUGGACUGCACAGCCUGUCCUACCACACAGCUUACCUCCACGUAUACUACACUCGAAUAUCUUAAAGAGCAGAUCAGCAGCUUCCUACAGCACCUACCAGCGCUUCGUGGAGAUAUUACUAUCCUAAAGUCUCCAUUCAUCUCAGAUUUCUUUGUCCAUGGUUUUACCACAAGAACUGGAGGCAUUUCCUACAACAGCACUCUGAGCUCUUUAAACCUGUUCAGCAGUUCUCGCCGCAGAGACUCGUGUGCUGAAGUGGCAGAGAACCUGCGCCGCCUCAGUGUACAUGCAGGCUUUCAGCCUAGCCAGUUCCACCUUGUCAAGGUCAACCACGCCAGUGAUGUGUGGGUAAUGAAUAAGCCUGAACCUGAGAGCUACGAUGCCAUUGUAACAAAUCAAGCAGGUGUGAUUAUAGCAGCACCGGGAGCUGACUGCAUGCCUCUGCUAUUCGCUGACCCUGUGAAAAAGGUCAUUGGAGUAGCUCAUGCAGGCUGGAAGGGUACCCUGAUGGGAGUUGCUAUGGCAACAGUAAAUGCCAUGAUGCAGGAGUUUGGCAGUGAGUUUGCUAGCGUGGUAGCUGUCAUAGGCCCUUCUGUUGGUUCCUGCUGUUUCACUUUGGAACAAGAUUCAGCCAGAAAGUUCCAAGCCAUCCACCCAGACUGUGUAAGGAACCCAGGGUCACCCACGCCUUAUGUUGAUAUCAGGCUUGCCACCAGGAUACUCUUGGAGAGAGGCGGGAUCCUUCCGGAGCACAUUCAGGAUAACACAGUGACAGACAGCCCCAACAUCACCCUCUGCACUUCCUGCCACCCUGACCUUUUCUUUUCUCAUGUUAGAGAUGGCAUCAACUUUGGCACUCAGAUCGGCUUCCUGGGGAUUAAAGAACCACAUGAAUUAAAACAAUCAGAUCAUUAGAAUUUUAAUUGUGCUACACAGUUUGAAUAGUUUGAUUAACUAUCAAACAGAAAGCAUUUACUAUAUACAGUGGAUAUAAAAAGUUUAAACUCUUGUUAAAAUGCCAGACCAAGAUAAAUCAUUUCAGAUUUAUUUCCACCUUAAAUGUGACCUAUAUAUUUGCACUUGGAUUGAAAAACAAACUGAAAUUAUUCAGAGAGGAACAAUUAAAAAAAUAAUACAGAUUAAUACUAAAUAAAAACUAGAGAUGUGCAUUUCCUGCAGAAAAUGCGAGUGUGAUUGCGGUGCAGCAGUAGGAAACGCUGCUCACUGUAAUCUCACAUGAACAUUAAAAUGUAAUUGUGAUAUAAUGACGAUAAACAAAACCACCGUUUAUAUAAAGCAGCAACAUCUCUAUUGUUACUCACAUUACCUCAAUGAUGUAUCACUGCAUUACCAUACUGAUACAGUCACUCAGCAUCUCCUCUGCAGAGGCCGUGUACAUACCAUGUAUAUGUAAAAACUUCUGUAUGUUCAAAAGCACAGCUGAUAAUUGUUUAUUUAAGCAAUAGAACACGAGAUGCUAUUGCUUUUAUACAACAGUUUUUACAAAAUAAA